CGCCAUUGAAGAAGAAGUUGUUGUUAGUGAACUAGAUUUUACUACUACACUGUGCUAAGCGGCUCUGGAAGACACUGCCUGCGAUUGAAAAGUGGAAGUUUAUGUAGACCGUCUGCUGAUCGGAGUAUUUCUACAUCCCUGAUGGCGAAUGAGCGGCUCAGAUCUCUGGAGGACGUGGAGAAGGAGAUAGCGAUGAUCCUGCAAUGUGCUGGUAACAUUGUGUUGGAACUCUCCAAAGACAAACAAGUGGCAAGUUUCCUGGACAAACAGUUGGUCCAAUUCCAGAACUCGAUCAACAGAGUGGAGAGUGAACUGAGCGCCCAGAUCCGCUACCUCACACAGGUAGCCACAGGUCAACCUCACGAGGGCUCUACGUAUUCGGCCAGGAAGGACUGCCAGAUGGCUCUGAACAGAGCCGAGUAUGCCAAGGUGAAGAUGGGAGAGCUGGGCCGGACGUGUGAGGCCAUGGUGGAGCAGCAGCAGACGUGACCUGGCCGGGAACAUUUCAUCCCUUUAGUUCAGUCAUUCAAGUAUUCCAAAUGUUGUAACCAUUCUGAAUGUUAAAAUACUGAGGGUUCAAAGAAAAUAAAAACUAUAAAAAAGGUAAA